AUGAAUGCUGCGGGCGAGGAUCCGCGUGGGCGGCUCGGCGCUACGCCGCCUGGCGUGCGUGCUGGAUCGCCCGAGACGCUGCGCUCUACAAGCGGCAGCGGGUCCGCGCGGACGGACGCGAUUGCCAAGCUGCGCCGCGCCGCAUCGCAGCGCGAAAUACGGCGAAUCUCGCCGCGGAGUGUCCGCGUACACAAGGUCGACGCUGCGCCCCAGGUCGUGCAGCUCCAGCCGCCGAUGCUUGCGGCGCCGGUGAUGCACGAUAUAGACGGAAGCGUAUACUCAGAAGGCUCAGAGCCCCGCACCACGCCGUGGCUCACGCCGUCGCCUUCCGGGGACGUCCAGCGGUCGGUUUCGUCGGACCAGCUCACGACGCCGCACCCGGGCGAGUCGUCGCCCCUGCCGUCGCUCGACCAGCUGCGCCGCAAGAUUCUGCAGGAACGCAAGACGACGGGCCUCUCGCGCUCCGCGUCGGCAAGCGCAACCUCGCGUGUGGCUCGUGCCUAUACGAUGCAAAAACUCAUGGGCGCCACGACGCCUGUGCCGUACAAUGACAUGUUUGCGUUUGUGCGCAGCGUCAACGAGGCGCGGUCAGCACAGCUCGGCGACACGUCGCAGACAUCGGCGGGGGACGUAUCGAUCGAGUCGGAUACCUCGGACGCUACGCAGGAGGAAGAAGCGACGCCGCCGCGCGACCCCAAGCGCGCGACGCUCAUGCGAUCCGUGUCCGCGCGCGAGGUCGCACGCAAACAAAUGUUUCAAAAGAUUGUGCGCCGCGAGGGCAACGGAGACGCACGCAAAGGCACCGCGCCUUCGACGCCGACGACGCCGUCUGCGCGCUCCAAGCUCGUGCCGCGGCCCGCUGCGAACCAGCCGGCACCGCACGAGCCGAGCAACGUGCAGAACGCCUACGCCCGCCUGCGGGCCGACAGCGACAAAGCGCGGCCGGUCCCCGAGCCUGCCGCGCGUCUCCGCUCGGACGUGACGCACUCGGCCUUUUCCGACUCGUCUUCCUCGACACAGACUACGGAUACCCAGGAACAGCGGGCGCGUGCCAGCGCCUCGCUUCGGGGCCCUGCUCAUGCACCGGCCGAGAACGAAGAGGUGCUCAACAUGCUCCAAGGCCUCUCGAGCCAGCUCGACGCCGAGGCACGCGAGGCGCGGGCGCGGCGCACACGCAAAGGUGCGGGCUACCUCGCGCGGGCCGUGAGCGCGGGCAGCGCCGCUGCGCCGAGCGCCAAGCCGGGCACCGAGGCGCUGCAGGCGCUCGGCAAGGUGCAGCCCAGCACGCCGAUCGCACGCACCGGCACGAUGCCGAGCCGCCCUGCGCCGAUGGGCCUCGGGAUCGAGCAGGUGGACGGCGUAGCGCGCGACACGCCGCUCCUGUCCCCCCUCCCAGCGGACGCUGUGCUCGGGAGCUCGCCGCGCCCGGACAACUCGCCGCGCACCGCGCUCGAGCGCACGCCGACGCACGCUGAGAAGCCGCUGCCUGCACCGCCCACCGAGGCGCCGCGCCGCGUGCCUGCACUCACAGUGCCGCACCUCGCGAUUGGGGCCUACUCGACCCCCGACUCGCCGGCGAUGGGAACGUGGCAUGGCAUGCUGCACGGCGCAGCGCUGCAUGAGCCAAACAAGCCGCGCAUCGAACUGCACGAUCCUGUGCCGAGCGCCUCGCCGCUGGACGACAUGCACAAGCUCGAGGCGCCGCUGCUCCUUUCGCCGCGGACGCCGAGCCAUCGCUCGGGACGGUCCGUGAGCGGGGGCGGGCGGUCGUCGCCGAUGCUCGUGCCGUCGCCGCGCAGCGCGAGCGCGCCACACAGCAGCGACGCGCCGCCGCUUGCCGAUCCCCCGAAAAAGGAGGGCCGCGGCGCACGUCUGCUGGGCUCGCUGCGGCGCAAGACGUCGCGCACGCGCCUCGCCGACAAGGGCCGCGCGGCGACGAUUGCGCGCACGCCGGACGCACGCACAACGCCCGAGCCGGUGCGCUCGGGCAUCGUGUGUCUGCAGGGCGAUGAGUCGGCGAGCAUCGCGGCGCGCACCGUCGUGCUGCCGACGAGCACGAUUGCUCUCGCGCGCCUCUGCACGGAGCUGUCCUUGUCUAGCACGGCGGUCCUAGCGCGCUUUCCGGCCGAAGUGCCGUACGGCAUGGCGCUCGAUCCCCCGCGGCGCCUCCUGCGCCUGAUGCCGGUGCUGCAGUCUGCCGGCGAGGCGUACGUGAAGCUGCGUUACCUGUACAUUUUCUCUGAUACGCUCGUGCUUGCCAAGCCCAUGAAUGUGCCGACAAGCCCGGAAGAGCUGUCGGCGUACAUGCUGCGCCAGCUGCACUCGACACCGGACCUCGGCGAUGGGUACGUUCCGCUGGCGAUUCUGCCGCUGCGGCACACGCGCCUCGUGCCGGGCGCGGUGGUGCGCUCCGCGGCCACCGACGCGGACCGUGUCGUGGCGCUGCGCCACCUCGACGCGCUGCAGGCGCACCUUGGUGCGGCGCUGCCGGCGCUCCUGCGCGAAUUGAGGCGCCCGGUGGACGUCGAGAGCCAGGCGCGGCUCAUGUACCUGCUCCCCGAACUCUCCCGCACGUCCCUCUCGCACUUUUUGUACGAGCCGGCGCACCGCCCGCUGCUCGAGGCGUACGUCGCGCAGCACCGCCUCGGCGGCCUUUCGCUCGAGGCCGCGCUGCGUGUGCUCCUUCUCGAUUUGCGCUUCCCUACGGCGCUGAACGACUUUGAGGUGAUGCUCCUGGCGUUUGCCGCGCACUGGCUGCGCAGCAACCGUGCAGACCUUCCACCGACCUUUACGCUCGAGCUCGCGACGGACGUCACGUUUGCGCUGCUCGCGCUCAACGAUGCGCUGCACGGCGAUGCCAAUACGCCGGGUCUCUUUGCACGCCGCAACCCCAACCUGCUCCUCGACCAAUUUGUGCAGGCGAUCCGCGAACAGGACGCGCACCAUGCACUGAGCGAUCGCGAGCUGCGCGAGCUCUUUAUGGCGAUCAAGACGUGCCCUCUCGCGCAGGCCGCCGCGUCCGACGCACCCCGCCGCAUCGUCUUCCACGCCGCAGCGCUCGCAGAGGGGCUCGUGACAGGCGUGCCCUCGGCGCCGAUCUCGGUCGCACUCGACGCGCCCGACGCAGACCUGCGCAUCAAGCUUCAGGGCAAGGACCUGUACUUUGAUCCCCCGGUGCUCACCUUUGCGCACGCCGCCACGGCCGAGUUUACCGUGUGCAGCACGGCGCCGGGCGAGCACGACCUGGUGUUUGUGCGCCUCGGCGCGAAUGCCCCGCUCUAUCCCCCGACGUCGACGGCGCGUGGGCCGUGGCAGGCGCUCCCGCGCUCGCUGCCCCUCUCGUCCGAGGCGCAUACCGCGCGCCCUGCGCUGGCGCUGCAGCACUGUCCCCCGGACACGGGCCCCACUCUUCUCCAGCUGUACCUGGCCGACAGCCAGACCGCGCACUUUCUCGCGCGCCUCCUGCGCGAGCGCCUCGCGGCGAUCGACGCGGCAGAUAAUGCCUCAUCGAUGCACAACGCCGUGCACACGCUCGCAGAGCAUGUGCUGCACACGGCGCUCUUUGGCGAGGGCGACCGCAGCGAGGGAAUGCGCCGUACGUGA